AUAUUAUUCUUCAUAUAUCAUCAAAUUCCACUUUUUCUUCUUAAAAUUAAUAAACAUUAUUCCAAAUAUGAUGAGUGAGUUUAGUUUUGAUAGAGCUAGUGACUGGGAUUUACAAGCCAUUGUUAAUGGAAGAUCAAUUUGUUUAAGCUCUAAUACUACCAAUAUUAAUACUAAUACUAAUACUAAUACUAAUACUAAUACCAACAACAGUUCAAUGAUGAACUUACCAAAUUGUUAUGAUUCUUGGUUUGAUUCUUUGCUUGAAGAUUGCUGCCAUGAAAACACAGCAUUCAUGUUUGUCAAUAAUCUUGAUCAGGAGAGUAAUCAUGGAGAUUCGAUAUCGAAUUCUAAUUCAGUGAUAAACUUUGAUAUGUACACUCAAAGUUCACCUCAUGAUCAGACAAAGCAGAAGUCAACUAGUGUUUCAUGUGAAAGCAGUCGAGCCACCAUUUCCAAAAGAAGGAAGAACAAGCAUAAGAUUAUAAAGAUGGUUCAACAAGCAGGAGGAGAUCGAAUUUUGACUGAUAAGUGGAAUUGGAGAAAAUAUGGUGAAAAAGUCAUCAAGGGUUCUCCUUAUCCAAGCUUAUACCUUUCAAAAAACAGGAGCUAUUACAGAUGCAGUUACCCAGGAGGAUGUUCAGCAAGAAAACAAGUGGAACAAAGCUGUAAUGAUCCAGGAUUGUUCCUCAUAACCUACAUGGAAGAACAUACUCAUCCUUACCCAACUCGCCGCCAUUCGCAAGCUGGCCGCUCUGCUAAAAGGUUUAAUCAUUCUUCUUCAACAAAAGUUGUUAUAAAAAAGAAUGAUACACAAAACACCUUGGUUAGGACUCUAACUUCAGAAUCAUCAACUACUAAUAAUGAUCGAGUUUUCGUUUUGCAAAGUGAUCAAGAGGAUGAUGGAAACAAUGCUGGGUAUGUAGGAGGACAUAAUCAAAGUGAUUGUUAUACAAAUAGGGUGUUUGAAGAUGAUUUCUUUGCUGGUUUAGAUUACUUAGAAGGGUUAAGUAUGAACUUGUAUGAUUAAUCUUUAAUGCAUUAAUUAAUUAUUCUCAUUUUUAAUCUUAUAUGUGCUUUUUUUUUAAUGUGUUUUCUUGUACAAGUUAUUCAUUGGUGCAAUGUUUUGGUGUUGUGAAUAGAAAUAUUGUUAAGUGUAUUGAAAGAAAUGAGGGAAAUUGUACUAGUUUUGCAAGAUGUUAUAAGCUAAUUAAUUAAGAUCAAUAAAACUACUUCAAAGCUAUUUUAUGUGUUCUUAA